UGAGAGGAGAAAAGGUGCGGCCAAAGUGACGUUUCACUGCGCUCUUCCAGAAGCCCAAACCGAGUAGAGCGGUGUGCAGUUUCUCAGCGCGGACACUUCGCUUGAGGCGACACUUCACAGGCUGGUUGUGUGGCACUGAUACGGAAAGUAACGACAUGGGCAGCGUCGGGGCGGCUUGGGGAGCUUUGCUAUUGAUCGUAGGAUGUCUCCUUGCAUAUUCAGAAGCUUAUAACAUUGCAACUUCGGGAGCCAAAUUGUUUCAAGGGAACUCUGUUGAAGAAUUUGGAUACACUGUCCGUCAGUUUGUAAAUAGCAAUGGGAAAUGGUUAUUGGUUGGAUCACCAUGGAGUGGCUUCCCUCAGAAUAAAAUGGGUGAUAUCUACAGAUGCCCACUACAUGAAGUCAGAACAACAUGUGACAAACUGCAGAUUCAGAGUAAAACCACAAUCCAGACUGUGACUGAAAUAAAAAACAAUAUGACUCUGGGCUUAACUCUUAAUACAAAUACUAAAACUGGAUUUAUGACAUGUGGCCCCCUCUGGUCACAACAAUGUGGAAGCCAAUACUUCUCCACUGGAAUUUGCUCAGAGGUACUUUCAGACUUCAGUAAAGUUCAGAGUUUCUCUCCUGCUCUACAAAAGUGCGGUGGCCCCAUGGAUAUUGCAAUUGUGCUGGAUGGUUCAAAUAGCAUUUGGCCGUGGGCACCUAUUCAGAAUUUCCUCAAAAAAUUACUGUCUGGUUUAAACAUUGGACCAAACGACGCUCAGGUGAGUGUCACCCAAUAUGCAGUUGAUCCAUCAUUUGAAUUCAAACUGAACACGUAUGCAACCAAAGAUCAAAUGAUAGCCGCUGCUGCAAAAAUAACACAAAAGCUUGGAAGUGAAACGAAUACCUUCAGAGCCAUUGACUAUGCAAGAAAAAAUGCAUUCUUGCCAGAGAAUGGGGGCCGUGACGGUGCUUCAAAGGUAAUGGUAGUAGUUACUGAUGGAGAAUCUCAUGAUAAUUCAAAAAUGAAAACUGUGAUCGGAGAAUGUGAAAAAGCCAAGAUUACAAGAUUUGGCAUAGCUGUUCUUGGAUAUUACAUAAGGAACGAUAUUGAUACUAAAAACCUAAUCAGUGAAAUCAAAUCAAUAGCCAGUGCACCAUCAGAGAGGUACUUUUUUAAUGUGUCAGAAGAAGCAGCAUUGUCAGAAAUUGCUGGAACUCUUGGAGAACGAAUCUUUAACAUUGAAGGAACAGGAAAAGGUGGGGAUAACUUUCAAAUGGAAAUGUCCCAAGUUGGAUUCAGUGCCUUCUAUUCCAGAAAAGAGGAUGUUAUGAUAUUGGGUGCUGUUGGGGCCUAUGACUGGAGUGGCACCGUGGUUCAUAAAAAUGGGAGCAAGACCGAAAUUUUUCCAAAGCAAACCUUUGAAAAGAUCUUGGAAGACAGAAACCAUAGCUCAUUACUUGGUUACUCUGUGACAACAUUGUCUGUUGAAGGGGGUCAGUUUUAUGUGGCUGGGGCUCCACGGUCUAAUCACACAGGUCAAGUUGUCACUUACACCAUUGAUGAUAAAGGCAAGCCCACUGUCCAGCAAUCCCAACGAGGAGAACAGAUUGGCUCAUACUUUGGCAGUGUUCUCUGCUCAGUGGACAUUGAUCAUGACCUUAAGACAGAUGUGCUGUUGGUUGGUGCACCAAUGUUUAUGGAUGACUUUAAGAAAGAAAUCGGGAAAGUAUACAUAUUUUUAGUAAUCAAGGGCAUUUUGGGACAACGAGAUAUUCUUCAAGGUCCAUCUAGUUCAGAAAAUGCUCGCUUUGGAAUGGCCAUUUCUGCUGUUCCAGACCUCAAUUUAGAUGGACUGAGUGAUGUGAUAGUUGGUGCUCCUUUGGAAUACGAGAACAAAGGCGCAAUUUAUGUUUACAAUGGAGAUAAAUCAACUCUUCGCACAAAGUACUCCCAGAAAAUCUUAGCCUCAGACCUUUCACCGACCCUACAAUACUUUGGAAGAUCUCUCGAUGGGAGUGUUGAUUUAAACAGUGACACCAUCCCUGAUGUGUCAGUUGGAGCCUAUGGAAAUGUCGUUCAGCUGUGGUCACAAAGUAUAGUGAAUGUUACUGUGGAGGCUACUUUUUCACCAGACAAGAUCAGCAUUCUUAACAAAAGCUGUGAUGUGAGUGGAAGAAAGCAGUUUUGUUUUGUAGCAAAGCUGUGCUUCUCUGCUACCUUUAGACCAACGUCAGCCAGUGGACCAGUGGAUAUCAAAAGCAACUUUACUCUAGAUGCAGACCUUCAGUCAUCAAGAGUGUCUUCCCGAGGUUUAUUUGCUGAAAAUAAUGAUAGGAUGCUGCAGAAGAACAUUGAAGUUAUGGGCAAAGUCACUUGUAAUGAAUAUAAAGUUUUUGUUCAGGAUGCUCCAGAUUUUGUAAAUUCCCUUGCCCUUCGUGUUGAUAUUGGCCUCCAGAAGCCAAAGAGCAGUCCCGUCUUAGAAAAAUUUGCACGUAAUUCCUGGCAGUUUUUUAUUCCUUUUUCAAAAGACUGUGGCGAAGAUGAGCUCUGCUUGUCAGAUCUUGUACUCGGUGUGCAAAGAAAAAAUGUAGACAAUAGUCUUGCACCUUUUGUUGUGAGCAGUACGAACGCAAGAAUAUCUUUUACGGUUAAAGUGUGGAGCAAAAAUGAAAACGCAUACAAUUCCAAGGUCAUUGCCACCUAUUCAAAUAAUUUAUACUUUUCAUCUCACACAAUUCCUACGGAUGGAACUGAUGUGAAGUGCCAAUUAGAGACAACAGAAUCGGUCUCCUGUCAGGUUGGAUAUCCUGCUCUAAAACUAGGACAAGAGGUAUCCUUUGACAUCAACUUUGAUUUUAACAUCAACCACUUGCAGAGUGUGGCUUAUAUCAACUUCCAGGCUCUUAGUGAUAGUACAGAAGAAACUCCAGAAAACAAUGUGGUCAACAUUUCCAUUCCUGUUCAGUACAACUCGGAAAUUGUUUUUACUAGAGAUACCAGCCUACAUUUUUAUGAAGUAAACUCGGCUGUUCCAGCUGAAACAAAAGUGAAUACUUUCGAAGAUAUAGGUCCUGAAUUCAACAUCACCCUGAAGGUUACCACCGGAGGUUUUCCUGUGCACAUGGCAUCCCUUACAGUUGCCCUGCCUGUAUCUACUAGAAUUGCAGGAAAUCCACUGCUCUACAUAACGGAUGUCAAUACAGAUACGGCCAUCGCCGUGAGCUGUGAGACAACAGAGUUGCUGAACCCACUAAAAAUCAGAGAAAAGCCUUACACUGCAUCAUUCUCAAAGGAGGACUUAACAAGAGUGAAAAAACUGGACUGUGAAACUGCCAACUGUAAGUCAUUGAAGUGUUCAUUCAAAGACGUCGAACCAAGAAGGCAGUAUGCAGUAAACAUUACAGCAAGGAUCUGGAAUGGUACUUUUGCAGUUUCAGAAUUCCAGGAGGUCAAUUUGCAAGCAAGUGCUGAGAUAGAGACAUCACAGCCAGACUUAUUGAUUAUCAUGAAUAAAAAACUUCCAAUAGAAGUUACUAUUACAAAACCAGGAAUUAAAAAAGAUGUCCCACUGAAUGUAAUCAUUGGCAGCGUAAUUGGAGGAUUGCUUUUAUUGGCAGCACUAGUGGCUAUCUUAUACAAGCUUGGCUUUUUCAAACGAAAAUAUGAACAACUAAUGAAAAAUGAGGUAGAAGAUGGUGAUGGUGAAAUUGACAAUCUUAAUGAAAAUGAAUCAUGAAGCUGAAUUUAACUUGAACAAAUGGACAAGUUUUCAAGUUUCCUUCUUGGAUCUGCAUCUUUUUUAAUAUUUCAGGAUCACAGAAAGAAAGUCUUCUUCAUUAUACAGAAGUAGGUACAGACCUGGAAGUCAGCUUCUGUUAGGAUUCCUCAUGGUUCACUUUUGGAUUAUGCUAAUCUUACUGUUACUGAAUGAGAAAGAAACAGAAAAAAAUAAUAUAAACUGAUGUAGUUCAGGUUAUACAUAAGACUUACUUUUUAUACUUUACUAUUAUUACUUUUUAUGCUUGAAAAUGUUUUCUUGUAAAUAUUUCAAUUUAUGUGGUCUUUUGCACAUUUCUUGGCAUAUUUUUUUCUACUUAAUGGGAACGGGUGACACAGAUCUUAAUGUAUGAUGUGUAAUUUAUUUAGGGUAUUUUUGCACUGGAGAUUUUUCACAGUUAAUCAUGAUGGUCAUGAGGAUUGUACAUUACUGGAAAAACAGGGAUCAGCAGCUGAAAAAAAAAAGAGUGCUGUCUAAAACAGGAGUCACUGUAUUUAAAAAAGAAUGUCAGUCAGUUGAUUCUAAAGGAGUAAAGAGUUACAAGAUGAGUUACAAAUAAGGUUUAUCAUUCAUAACUCAAUAUGAACAUGCCAUGUUUCAAUCAUAGUCCAUAAUGCUACUUGUGACUGCAAAUCACUUCCUCUCCAUUCAUAAGGACACAGUUAUCCAAGAAAUAACUUCAUGUACAAAUAUGGCAGUAUUUGAAAUAAAAGAGCUCUGAACAAACACAUGCUAAAGCAGUAAACAGAAGACACCUGAAUAAUAAAAACAAUACAAAUGACAGCUGCUAGAAAGAAGAAAUGAGAGUUCAGGGUGAUAAACUGGCUCGAGUGUUGCCCUUCUUGGUAGAAUGCCCUUGGAACUACUAGACAUGCAUACUUCAGCUGUUUUAGGCAACUGAGCUGUCAAGGGGAUCUUCUUUUCACAGUGGGCACUCUCAAUUACAGCCUUGCUAUGAAGCCUGUCAGACACUUAAGUUUACUUAAAUUUACCUUGGCCAGAAGACAUUAAAACUGGUCCCUAAUACGUAGUGCACAUCUUAGCAAUGCAAUAAACUGUUCUACAAUUUAUGUACAAGACAGUACAAUAAUCAAACUAGUGUUCAACAAGGGGACCAUGAAUACUAAAAUCCCUUGGAAGCAAUACUGAAUGGUCCAUUUAUUUGGUGAGAGUACACUUUUCUGGGCUUGUAUAAGAUAAGAAUAAUCAAGACACAUACCAGUGUUUUCAUGUGUUCUUUAAUCUCUACCUGCAGUUUCCUUUUCACAAACUUUCAGCAGGCAGAGAAAAAAUCUAACACCAGCACGGGGCACAUUCACUCACAACUGGCCCAGUAACAUUUUGUCUGUCAUCCUAACAGCAUAUCUGCAAAGAGGAAGAAGCUGGGGGGCAUUUUAUGUGGUGGUUGCAUGCUUUCCACCUCUUCAGUUUUAUAUAUGAAGAGGAUAUAAAAUAUGAAUAAAGUAGGUAAUACUAAUAAUUUUAAGUUCUUUAACAAAACUAGGCACUCUGUGGUUUGCUGCACAGCCAACUAUAAUUACAACAACUAUAUGGUGGUGUGUAGCGAUGUUUCCAGGCCUGCAGGUAGUUAUAAUGCAUCACUAUGCUAUGAGGGCCUUGGACAUUGUAGUAUAAUUUUUAUUUGUGUUUCAUCUCUUACUAACAGAUGGUAAUAGGUUACAAAAAGUAGGAAUUGACUGUGGAAUACUACAGCACAGUAUAUAAGUGCAGAAUAAGUGGAACAAACUAUAAGCUCUCGUGGUGUGGCUUCAGUAUUGUGAAGCCAGGUAACCCAUAAAAUUCAAUGCUUUCAGUUGUAUCCAACAUUCUCCAUGGACUCCAGUGGGUAUUUGUAUCUUCCCCAAGGUCCAUAAGAAAUUUUAAGAUGCAGGGAGUCUCAUUUAACAGGAUUUCCUUAUACUGUAUGUAGCUGGGCAUCACAUGUAUAAACACCACACUCCACCUAAGCUGGAGGACCCCACCUAUGUCCUUUCUAGAAAGCAGAAUUAUCUAUGUCUGCCUUCUACUUAAAGAAAUCCAAGAAGGCUUUGUCAUAAUUCAACAAAAUAUCAAAAAAACGAUAUUGAGCUGUGGUUGGACCAGAGGUUCUCUGUAAACUAGUGUCGCUCUGAACUAUAAACUAGAUGAGAAUGACUUAAUUCAGUUUGGUUGUUAACUUGCAGAAUGGUGUUUGUCCCAAAAGUGAAUACAUUCCUCAGACUUUAUAAAUUCCUGUUUCUGAGUUAUUCAAACUGUAAAUUUAAUAAGAGUGUAAUACUACUGAAAAGUUCCUUAUGUAGGCAAAAUUAUUGUUAACAAUUUGAAUCUACAUGAAAUUAAGAAGCAAGACGAUUCGACCAUCAUACUGAUUUUGGCAAAUCCAAUUUUAAGGAGCCAGUCCUGACAACACUGAGUGAAAAGUAUAAACCUCUGAAUACUGCAGGGCACACGUACUCACAUGCUCUUAAUCAUUUACACCAGGUCUAGGUAGAGACCCCAAUCAACCUAAGACACACAUUUCAGGUUUGUGGAAGGAAACUGGAGUACCCAAAGACAAACCACGGAAAUGCAGGGAAAUUGUGCAAUAGGCACAAAGACAAUGUAAACUGGCUAUGAUUUGAUGUGUAACCAUUAUGAAUACAAUUUCUGAAGGGAUGAUCCAAGUGGAAUUUGCCUAUUAUAGGGUUAUGCUUUUUAAUGGUAAACACUAUGGUUUGUUUUAAAGGUGCAUUCCAUUUAGUUAUACCAUAUUUAAAAUAACUGUAUUGGACUUUUAAGUAAACUGAAUGUACAAAGAUGGGCAAACAUACUCAGGUUUACAAACACCAAUCAUUCAAAGUCUAAGGGAAUAUACAGGAUUCAUAUUAUAAUCAAUAUAAAGGAAGCAGGUUGCAGUUAGUUCCAUUGUUUACCGUCAUUUACAUUUAAUAGCUCUGUAUGAAUCCCACUGUUUCUUAACUUGUAUAUGGAGUAGCCUGAGGAAUAUUGCCUUUAGUGAUAAUCAUUUUUCUCAACAGUUUCUAAAGUUUGUUAAAUUGCUUUUAGAUGGUAUAGUUGUGUAUGGUUACUUCCAAACAGUUAAUACUUAAGUCUGUCUAUUUUCUAGUCAGAAACUUAUUACUGGGAAGUUAUUUAAUUAAAAUUUGAGCAACAUCCUAUUUCUCUGUGCAUUUUAAUGUUACAACUAGGAACAAGGGACCAUUUUAUUAAACCCUUUCAUACAGCAAGUGACGGUGUGUGAAAAAUAGAAAACUCUCACUACCUUCAGCUGAAUUAAAGAAAUGAAAAAGAGAAUAUUCUAUAAAUUGCAGUGAAUAGUGUGGUGUAUGCAGGAAUAUUUUUCAAUGCAGAUUUCCACUUGGUUGCCUGUUAAACAAGAAGCUAAAAAUCUAGACACUACUGAACUUAAGUAACUGAUUAUCAUUUUUUUCUCAAUGUUUUAUCUGCAAGUAAACAUUUUUGAGAGCUAAUAGCAACUAAAAUUAGUUAUAGUAGCAGUAAGAAAGCUAGAAAAUGCUGAAGAAAUUAAUGACUUUGGAGAAAAAAGUGCCACUGAGUACCAACUCCUCCAUGUACUGUAUAAAAAUAUCUUAACAUUUAAGUAAGAUAAUUAUUGAAAUUUAGACAAAUUCUGUAUAUAAAAAUGUACAUAAUGCAGGAUUUACUUUAAAAAUAUUUUUCAGUGUAAAUUCUUGUGAAAUCCUUUUGAAUAAUUUUUCUAUUGAACUGUGAAGGCUCUUUUGAUAAAAUUUGUAUUUUGCACCGAGUAUUUAAAUAUGGGUACUAUAAAAGAUAGGUUUUUGAAUUGCUUUAAGCCUUGUUUAUACUCUGUUCUUAUGUAAACCAGCACAAAGAAAUAAAAUUUGAUUCCUUCAUUAAA